AUGAAGCCCAACCCAGCAGGCUCCUCCCCAGAGGCCUGCAGAGCUGCAGGCCAGGGCGAGAAGAGCUGCCCCGUCUGCCGGGCCUGGGGAGGAGUCUCAGGCCUGGGGUCUGAGUCAGGGCCUGGCCCGGGGCCUGGUGCAGGUUCAGGGCCUACUACUGUUCUGGGGCCUGGGCCAGGGCCUGGGGCUGUGUCAGGACCUGGGCUGGGGCCUGGUGUGGUUCUAGAACCUGGACCAGGGCUUGGUGCUGUGACCAGACCUGGACCAGGGCCUGGUGUGGUUCUAGAACCUGGACCAGGGCCUGGUGCUAUUUCAGGACCCAGACCAAUGCACGGUGCUGUGUCCCUACCUGCACCAGAGUCUGGUGCUGUUCCGGGACCUGGACCAGGGUCUGGUGCUGUGUCCAGACCUAGGCCAGAGCCUGGUGCUGCUUCAGGACCUAAGCCAGGUCUGGGGCCUGGGUCAGGAGCUAGGUCAGUACCUGGGCCAGUACCUAGGCCAGAAGCUGCACCGUUACCUGGGCCAGGGGUAGAGCCUGGGCCCAGACGGGGUUCUGGAAUUGGGCCCAAACCCAGUGAGCCAGAGACAGCCCCAACACUAGCACCACAGCAGAAGACUCAGGCCACACCCAUGCAGGCCCCUAGGCAGAAGGUUCUGGUGACUGGAGGAGGAGGCUACCUGGGCUUUAGCCUGGGUUCUAGCCUGGCCAAGAGUGGCACUUCUGUCAUCCUGCUCGACCUCCGCCGACCACAGUGGGAGCUGUCCCCGGGGACUGAGUUCAUCCAGGCUGAUGUCCGAGAUGAAGAAGCCCUGUAUCGUGCCUUCGAAGGGGUGGACUGCGUCUUCCACGUGGCAUCCUAUGGGAUGUCCGGUGUUGAGAAGCUGCAAAAAGAGCAGAUUGAGUCUAUAAAUGUUGGAGGCACCAAACUAGUGAUCAAUGUUUGCAUCCGUCGGCGAGUUCCAAGGCUCAUCUACACCAGCACCGUCAAUGUCGUGUUCGGCGGGAAGCCCAUAGAACAGGGUGAUGAGGACUCUGUGCCAUAUUUCCCACUGGAGAAGCAUAUGGACGACUACUCGCGAACCAAAGCCAUCGCUGACCAGUUGACCCUCAUGGCCAAUGGCACACCUCUCCCAGGAGGAGGCACUCUGCGGACGUGUGUGCUCCGGCCCCCGGGGAUCUAUGGCCCUGAAGAGCAGAGGCACCUGCCCCGUGUGGCGAGCCACAUCAAGAAGAGACUAUUCAUGUUCCGAUUUGGGGACCGCAGGACACAGAUGAACUGGGUCCACGUGCAUAAUCUGGUGCAGGCACACGUGUUGGCAGCCGAGGCCCUCACCGUGGCCAAGGGCUAUGUAGCUAGUGGCCAGGCGUACUAUAUCAAUGACGGGGAGAGUGUCAACCUCUUCGAGUGGAUGGCCCCACUGUUUGAGAAGCUAGGGUACAGCCAGCCCUGGAUCCAGGUGCCCACUUCCUGGGUUUACCUAACAGCUGCGGUGAUGGAGUAUGUGCACCUGGCCUUGAGGCCCAUCUGCAGCGUCCAACCACUGCUCACCCGGAGCGAGGUGCGCAGCGUGGCCGUGACGCACACCUUCCAGAUCGCCAAGGCCCGCGCCCAGCUUGGCUACGCGCCAGACAAGUUCCGCUUCGCCGACGUCGUCGAGCAAUACGUGAGGUCUACGAGCCGGCGGUCCCGCGGCUCCACCGCGCGAACACUCCUACGGUUGCUGCUCGGGCUGCUGCUGCUGCUCGGGCUGCUCGCCCUGGCCCUACAUCUCGUAGGCCUGCAGCAGUCCAAUGUCUGACCUGCGCCACUGGCCACUGCCUCUUCUUACCCAGCUUCACCUUCUGGGCUAGGACCCGCCCCCGAACCACUGCCCCGGCCACACCCCGCCCCCUGGGCUUGGGCCCAC